UAUUACUGGGGAAGUGGAGUCAGUGGCUAUCCAUGUGCCACAGCUCGGAAUCGUCCUCAUUGACCAGUAGGAAGCUGCCUAAAUGUAGGAUAGAAGGCACUUGAGGAGUUCCCAAAUGAUACUGGGCAGAUUGUUUAAAGAAGCCUUUAACCGAUGUAAUGGACAGGAAAAGCAGUCAGUUUGGCUUUGACUUUCAGUGGGUGCUACUUUUGAGAAGGAAGCUUUCAUUUAUUAGGUGGAGUAUAUUGAGAGGGAGCAUGUAGCCAGAUGGGAAGAAGGGCUGUCUGUUUCCUGGUAACUUUUUUCAUGUGUGGGAGAUGCUUAGACUUGAUGGCCUCAAGAUCUUCCCCGUAACAUGCCUUCGUUUCUAGAAGGCUAACUGCAGUCUUCUCUUUCAGCCCUGUUGAGUAAGAACAAUUGUCCUGAGACCCAGUCUAUAGAGUCCCACAUGGGAGAGGGGAGAGACAUCUACUCUCUUGGGCCAGGCUGAACAUCUGGAGGUCUGAGAAGGGUUCAAGAUCAGGAGGCUGACUCUUGAUAACCAGAAGCUCCUGUGACAGCGUUGGGUGGUGGAUGGCCUGCAGGUCCCUUCCCCUUGGAAAACAGGCACCAUAUUCAGAGAGGUGGGAAACUACCUCCGUAUGUUCCGAGGUUCUCUGUACAAGAGAUACCCCUCACUCUGGAGGCGACUAGCCACUGUGGAAGAGAGGAAGAAAAUAGUUGCAUCGUCACAUGGUAAAAAAACAAAACCUAACACUAAGGAUCAUGGAUACACAACCCUGGCCACCAGCGUGACGCUGUUAAAAGCUUCAGAGGUGGAAGAGAUUCUGGACGGCAAUGAUGAGAAGUACAAGGCCGUCUCCAUCAGCACGGAACCCCCCACCUACCUCAGGGAACAGAAAGCCAAGAGGAACAGCCAAUGGGUGCCCACCCUGCCCAAUAGCUCCCACCAUCUGGAUGCUGUGCCCUGCUCCACGACCAUCAACAGGAACCGCAUGGGCCGGGACAAGAAGAGAACCUUCCCUCUGUGCUUUGAUGACCACGACCCAGCUGUGAUCCAUGAGAAUGCCUCCCAGCCUGAAGUGCUGGUCCCUAUCCGGCUGGACAUGGAGAUCGACGGGCAGAAGCUGCGAGAUGCCUUUACUUGGAACAUGAAUGAGAAGCUGAUGACUCCUGAGAUGUUUUCAGAAAUCCUCUGUGAUGACCUGGAUUUGAACCCUCUGACAUUUGUGCCAGCCAUCGCCUCUGCCAUCAGGCAGCAGAUAGAGUCCUACCCCACAGACAGCAUCUUGGAGGACCAGUCAGACCAGCGUGUCAUCAUCAAGCUGAAUAUCCACGUGGGAAACAUUUCGCUGGUGGACCAGUUUGAGUGGGACAUGUCAGAGAAGGAGAACUCACCAGAGAAAUUUGCCCUGAAGCUGUGCUCAGAGCUGGGGCUGGGCGGGGAGUUUGUCACCACCAUUGCGUACAGCAUUCGGGGACAGCUGAGCUGGCAUCAGAAGACCUAUGCCUUCAGUGAGAACCCCCUACCCACGGUGGAGAUUGCCAUCCGGAACACAGGCGAUGCUGACCAAUGGUGCCCACUGCUGGAGACUCUGACAGACGCUGAGAUGGAAAAGAAGAUCCGAGACCAGGACAGGAACACAAGGCGUAUGAGGCGUCUUGCCAACACGGCCCCAGCUUGGUAACCAGCCCGUCUGCGCAUGGCUCCCACGGAGCAUUGAGAAGAUCGGACCGCCUCUCCUUCAUCUUCUGGCAAGGAGGGAGGCAAAGGGGCAGGCCGGGGCCAUCCUGAGGAACAUGGGGUGUGGGGAGGGCUUCUGGUCACCCUCCCCUGGGCACAUUCCAUUUGUUGAGCCCAGUCCCCAUCCAAGUCUCUGGUCAGAAAGAGGCCUCGUUUUGGGUUAUGUUUUGUUUUUGUAUAGGAGCCCCAGGCAGGGCUAGCAACACUUUUUAAAUAAAAGACAACAGGUCAUGUUCCA